AUGGCUCUCCUUUCGGCUGCUUUGAGCCUCAUCCUGGCAUUGCUGGGAGGCACGCUCCUAUACUCCGGAGUCUGCCUCUUCCGCAACUACCUGAGAGCGCUAAAGUUCGGCUUGCCAAUCCGCAUUCUUUUGAUCGACCAUGUCAAUCCCUUCUGGCUGGUGGUUGACCGCAAGGUUGUCUCGCUCGUCAAACGUCUUCCGUUUGGUCUGGGGAACAACAGCUUUACGAGAUAUAGUUUCAGGGGUUGGGAGGUUCCUGAUAGAUAUUCCUCACAUCAUGAGAUGGGUGAUGCCUAUGUCCUAGUUUCGUACGGGUAUAUUUGGCUCUAUCUUGCAGACCCGGAUCUUGUUUCCGAUAUUCUGCGACGGGCAAAUGAGUUCCCUCGCGACACGUCUGUCACGGCCAUCCUUGAUGUAUUUGGUCCGAACAUUUCCACGGUGAGCACUCGAAAAUUAACCGUGAUCUACCGUCCCUGGUCUUCCAGAACCCAUGCAGCCCAAGGCACCCAAUGGCAGAAACAUCGCAGAAUCACGGCAUCGUCAUUCAAUGACCAGAAUAACGUUAUUGUUUGGUCUGAAAGCGUCACCGUCGCACAUGACAUCCUUAAAUAUUGGACGUCGAAGCCGGCUAUUCAGACUACUGCUGAUGAUCUUCGCACCCUAUCCCUACACGUCAUGUCAAGGGCUGGUUUCGGCAGAUCCUCCAAGUUCCAAAGCCAGGAGGAGAGCGAAGCUGCCGAGUCGUCUGGGGGGAUGAGCUAUCAAAACGCGCUGAAGAUGAUACUAGAGAAUUGUGUCCUCAUUUUUGCCCUCGGCAGGAAGACCCUUGCUCAUUCGUGGCUCCCUCGCAAGCUCCAACGGCUGGAUAAGGCAUGUAUUUCUUUCCAAAAUCACAUGACACAGGUCUACGAAGAAGAAAAGAGAUUUGUCGCAGAAGGCAAGAAGACCGACCGCAACUUCAUGGCUUCGCUGAUUUACGGCAACAUGUUUACCUUCAACUUUGCCGGCCAUGACACCACGGCUCACACCUUCACCUUCGCGCUCUACUUCCUAGCUGUGAACCCAGGCGUGCAAGACUGGGUCUGCGAGGAGAUCAACCACGUUAUGGGGCAGCGCCCGCCGGAGGAGUGGACCUCCUCUGACUCCACCCGGCUGAAGCGCUGUCUUGCAGUAAUGUACGAGACCCUGCGCCUAUAUACGCCUGUCCCAACGUCCAAAAUCAUCGACGGAAACCUACCGAGGUCUCUUGUCAUCGGAAACAAGACCCUCGUCUUGCCACCAAAGACAAUGGUCGUCCCAAGUUACUCCUCCAUGCAAACAGAUCCCAAGUAUUGGGGCACCGACUCUCUCGAAUGGCGACCCUCGCGAUUCAUCAGCUCGCCCACCCAGAGCGGCACCUCAGCACAAGCCUUGGACGGAGAGGAGUUCAUCACCCCGCGGAAAGGCAUCUUCCUCGCCUGGUCAGGAGGCCCACGCGAUUGCGUCGGCAGGAAGUUCUCCCAGGUCGAGUUCGUCGCGGUCAUGGCCUCGCUCUUUCGGGAAUGGCGGGUCAAGCCCGUCCUUGCGGAGGGCGAAACGGCCGAGGAUGCCAGGGAGAGGGUGCUGGACCAGAUCGAGACGGACUCGGCCCCUGUCCUGCUCUUGCAAAUGUUACAUCCUGAACGCUGUCCGCUGACGUGGGAGAAGAGGUGAUCCGUUCAGAGAGUUUAUGAAACAUCCGAACAAGGAGGGGGCCAAGUUCAAGCCGGGGAAUUUCCGUGAACUGACUUGGGGAGCGAGCGGUCUCCAAGGUUUCGUAUUACCCUACACACGCG